AUGGAAAUUGGUGGUGGACCUUCGUGGUCUUCUCCUCUGUGUGGUUCGCCACUGACCGUUGGUGCGGGCAACACAUGUUCUCUGUUUCAUGUUGGGAGGCCGUACUACCGCACUGCUGCGAAGGCAUACAAUAUGACGAGGUACGUCGUAGAGAGUUUGAAGCUUGACGAGACGGUGAUUGCAACCUCCAUGGCAUAUUGGCAUACCUUUGUUAUGCAGCAUGGACUGAAAAAGCUUGAUGAAGUCGUUCUGAGUGCGUCUUGUGUCUUCCUCGCUAGCAAGGUGGAGCACUACAAGAUACGUUUAAAUCAGGUCGUCUCGCUUUUUUUUGAGGUUAGCGAGAGGAGCGAUGAGGCGGAAGGGUGGCGCCGCAUGUUGCUCGAAACUGAGUUGCUGGUGUGCCACACCCUAGGCUUUAACUUUCAAGUGAUUCACCCGAUGAAACGCAUCGUUGAGCUUGUGCCGGACAGCCAGAAGAGUGUACUGGAAUGCGCCCACCGACUUUUCCUUCUGUCGUUCAUGACGCCUCUCUGCACCAAAGUAUCGGCGGACGAAAUAGCGGAGGCACUUGUGUAUCUUGCUGCGGACGGUACUGGUCAGCUGGAUGCGUAUGCUGGCAAAUUCCUUUGCAGCUCGACGGAGCGGCGUGAUGGAAUCAUCACUGUGAUGAUUGGAGCUUUGGCCGUGAUGCGGAAAAACACCGGGCUGCAGAAGGUUGAUGAUAUGAUCGCGGCGCGACGGAAGCGGUUUCGCGAUCCUGAGUCAUCCCACCCGUCCGUUGCGUACUCAAGCGGCGGGACAGGCAGUUUGGAUGCCACACCCUCCGCCUUUGCGGCAGAUUGA